CUCUCUCUCUCUCUCUCUCUCUCUCUCUCUCUCUCUCUCUCUCUCUCAUAAUGAAAAUUAAAUUGAAUUUUCGUUACAACUCCGUACAGGAUGGGACCGGGUCGGUGAACAACAUAACAUUCUCGGGCAUCACAAUGAGCAACGUGCACAAUCCAAUCAUAAUAGACCAGAACUACUGCAAUGGGGCCCACGGCUGCUCCGGCACGACUACGAAUGCGGUGGCGAUAUCCGGUGUGACGUACAAGGGUAUAACAGGAACAUAUACUGUUACACCAGUUUCCCUUGACUGCAGUCAAUACAAAGCGUGCUCUGAUUUAACGAUUUCCUCCAUAAACCUAACGCCAUCGGGCUCUGCAAAGCCCGAUGUUGUCUGUAACAAUGCUUUGGGUCAUGUGCUUACUCCUACUACGCCUCCCUUGACUAAUUGUCUAAAAUAAUUAAAACGAUGCUAAUUAAUUAUAUGGAAAUAUUUAUACCCUCACAGGGAAUUAAAAAAAUAAAUAAAAGAAAAUGAUAAUAAACUUUGCAUUUUGUAUGAUGUGUAAUAUUAGUCUUUCAUCCUCUCUCUCUCUCUCUCUCUCUCUCUCUCUCUCUCUCUCUCU